UCUGUCUUAGGUUUGUACAGAGUACCUAUGGUGAGUUAUUUUGCCACAUGUUCGUGUCUGAGUGACCGGCAAAAGUAUCCAUCCUUCUUUCGGACGAUCCCAAGUGAUGCUUUCCAGGUGCGUGCUAUGAUUCAGAUUCUCAGGCGCUUUGGCUGGACUUGGGCAGGUCUGCUGGUCAGUGAUGAUGAUUAUGGACUCCACGCUGCCCGAUCCUUUCAGUCUGACCUCGCUCUGUCAGGUGGAGGUUGUCUGGCCUACGUAGAGGUUUUGCCCUGGGGCAAUGAUUCAGCUGAACUGAAGAGGAUUGUGGAUGUGAUGAGGAAAUCUACUGCUCGUGUGGUCAUUGUGUUUGCACAUGAAAGUCACAUGAUCAACAUCAUGAAAGAGGUGGUGAGGCAGAAUGUGACAGGCUUUCAGUGGAUGGCCAGUGAAGCUUGGUCUGCAGCUACUGUGCUUCAGACUCCCCAACUCAUGCCGUACCUGGGUGGCACUUUAGGCAUUGCCAUCCGUCGAGGACACAUACCAGGACUAAGGGAUUUCCUGUCACAAACACGUCCUGACAUACAACUUAACAACGGAUAUGAAAAUAACCUGGUAAAUCAGUUUUGGCAAUACACAUUUCAGUGUGGAUUUGGACCACCUCAGGCAAGUGGGGUACACGCUGGGGGAUCACUAUGCACUGGGCGGGAAGAUCUAGAGAAUGUGGACAGUGAGUUUUUGGACAUUUCAGACCUCAGACCAGAGUAUAAUGUGUACAAGGCUGUGUAUGCCCUGGCGUAUGCUCUUGAUGACAUGCUGGAGUGUGAGCCAGGGAGAGGACCUUUCAGUGGGCACAGCUGUGGCAGUUUGCAAAGACUGGAGCCAUGGCAGCUUGUGUAUUACUUGGAAAAGGUCAACUUCACCACACCAUUUGGUGACCAGGUGUCAUUUGAUGAGAAUGGUGAUGCCUUACCAAUAUAUGAUGUCAUGAACUGGCUGUGGCUCCCUGAUGGACAAACUAAAGUUCAGAAUAUAGGUGAGGUUAAAGAGUCAGCCAAAGGUGAAGAACUCACACUUGAUGCAGACAAAAUCUUCUGGAACUUUAAGUCCAAACAGCCACCCCGGUCAGUGUGCAGUGAGAGCUGUCCUCCAGGUACCCGCAUGGCCAGAAAGAAGGGGGAACCUAAGUGCUGUUUUGACUGCAUCCCUUGUUCUGAGGGAAAGAUCAGCAAUAGAACUGACUCCAUGGAGUGCACCAGUUGUCCAGAGGACUUU